UUAACAAAUAAAUGGAAAUGGCGCCAUUCCCAUCUUUGGCUUCUUUUGCAUUUUUCAAUUAUCAAUUUACAUUUCCUUUUUCUUUUUUUUUUUUUUUUUUCUUUUUAACAUAUAAAUACUCAGUUUCCUGUACGGUGCCACCACGGUCCUCUUUCUACAACGCCAACUCAUCAUCUCUCCAAACCCUAAACUCUCUCUCUCUCUCUCUCUCUCUCUCUCUCUCUCUCUCCCUCUCUCCUCCAGAUCUCGCCGGAUAUUCAGCCCAUGUCAUUUCCCCCAUAGACGUUGACCAUCUUCUUCCUCCUUUCCUUCUCCCCAUCUCCUCUCUUCCAUUUCACCUUCGCAUGAUCAUCCCCACCCCUAUCCAUGGCUUCCGCAUGCGUUAACAAUGUCGGAAUCUCCUCCGAAAAUUUCCUCGACUGCUCUUCUUCUGUUCCAUGUCAUUCCUACGGUUGGCUCGGUCCUCGCCUCUCCUUCAGCCGUGAUGAUUCCCCUCCUUCUAACCUCGUUGGACCUUCAUCUAAGACCAAACCUGCUGCUGGGGAGUCCGAGACUCGAGAUCCGGAUCCUGAACUGGUUCCAGUUAGUGAGUUCGAGUUCCGUCUUCAAGAUCCCGUCUCCUUGAUGCUCCCUGCAGAUGAGCUGUUUUUUGAUGGGAAACUCGUGCCGCUUCAGGUCUCCUCUGUUAAACCCUCAGUCAACGGUUUGAAGUCUACCAGGUGUGUUUCGUCGCCAGAGACUACGGUUCAGUCCCGUCGAAGAGUUGAGGAAGAAUGCAGUACGGAUCCGUAUCUUUUUUCUCCUAAAGCGCCGCGGUGUUCCAGUCGAUGGAGGGAGCUUUUAGGGCUCAAAAAGCUGUACCAGAGUAGCAGCAAUGGCAAUGGCAAUGGCAGUGGCAGUGGCAAUGGCAAUGGCAAUGGCAGCGCUAAAAACGAAAACCACAAAACGACGACGACGUCUUCCUCGUCUUACUUCUCCGAAGCUAAUUCGAAGGCGUUGAAGUACUUCCUUCACCGGAGUUCGAAAUCGUCGUUGUCAUCCUCGUUGGAUUCGUCUCUGAGCCUUCCAUUACUAAAGGAUUCCGAUAGUGAGUCUGUUUCACUAUCUUCUUCUCGUGUAUCUCUUUCCUCUUCUUCCUCAGGUCACGAACACGAAGAUCUUCACAGACUGUCACUCGAUUGCGAAAAUAAGCCAAACACGAAUCCGAUUUCCCUCCAUAGGAACCCUAAUCACAACAAUCCACCGCGGAUGAGACUGGUGAAACCGAGGCCCAAGUCGGAGAGCAAUCCAAGAUCAUCUUCAACAGCAGAUCAUCCUCAUCCAUCGGCGACAAGAGUAGGGAGAAGCCCGAUACGGCGUACGCCUGGAGAAUCGUCGUCAUCCUCCAGUAGAUUAGGGAUUCGAGGAGUAUCCGUAGAUAGCCCACGAAUGAACUCGUCAGGUAAAAUCGUGUUCCACAACUUGGAGAGAAGCUCAAGCAGUCCCAGCAGCUUCAAUGGCGGACCAAAAUUCAAAAACAGAGGAAUGGAACGGUCAUACUCUGCUAACGUGAGAGUAACUCCAGUCCUAAACGUUCCAGUUUGUUCUUCCUUAAGAGGAUCCUCAAAAUCCGUCUCUGUAUUCGGAUUCGGACCAUUAUUAUUCACCGGCAACGGAGGAAGCAGCAGAAACCACCAGAAUAGCAGCAGCAACAGUAGUAGUAGUAGUAACCGGACGACGACACGACGGAUCACGGAUACCGAGGGCGGAGGGAAAAUCCAUUGGUGAGAGUAUUAGAAGAAAAGGGAUUUCUAAUUUUGGGUAACACUAACCAAACCCCGUUUUUUUUCCAUUUUGCUCUCAAUGUUUUAGGAUUAUACUGAAAUUUCCCCCUUUAUGAUAGACGGAUUUGGUUUGAAUUUGCUAAUUCUUAACACAAAAACAGGCAUCAUAAUCAUCAUCAUCAUCAUCAUCGUGUAUUAUGUAAAUACGGCAGGGGAAUUUUUGUUUGUCUUAUUAAUCUGUUGAUCUUGUAAAA